AUGCUGUCUUCGGCAGGUGUGCAGCAGUACCCUCCCAGCUUUGGGAAUGGCAACAUGGUGACUCAAGACCCGCCUCCGCAAACGCAGCGCAUACCUACGAACGGACUAGAUGCACUGGCUGAGGGCUCCCAGUACGCAAUGCAGCAGUUGCAGCAACAGCAGGCACGGCAGACAGCGGCAGGCGCGAAGCCAGGCAUAAAGCACCGGCACAGCUACAGCAAUGGCAGCGCGAAUGGCAUGGAUGCAGCGCACAAGGAUUCGCCGAGCGCGGCAAAAGGCGGCAAGGGAGCUGCUGCAAACGGCCAACCUGUGAGACGGAGGAUAAGUCGCGCUUGCGACCAGUGCAACCAGCUGCGGACCAAGUGCGACGGCCAGAACCCUUGUGCGCAUUGCGUGGAGUUUGGUUUGACGUGCGAGUAUGCGAGGGAGCGCAAGAAGAGAGGGAAGGCGUCGCGAAAGGACAUAGCCGCAGCGCAGGCGCAAGCUGCAGCAGAAGGGACGGAGUACCAGAGCCCAAAGUCAGGCAACGACGAUGCGCCGGAAGACGCGGCCGCAGAGAUGAAACCUGAGCAGCAAAAAGGUGUGAAACGGAGGAGGUCGAGCGCAGCCUUCCAAGCACCUCUACCUCCAAUGCCAAGGACGAACAGCAUGACGAGCCAGCCAGGCCACCCAGGACACGCAGCGCACCCGAUGAUGCCCAGACCGAGCCUGGAGCCUUCUGGAGGCAGCGUGACAGGGACCACGAUGGGUGAGCACAACGCACCGGAUAGGAUACAGCAGAGAUCCGUUCCGCUCGAUCAUCAGACGCCAGGCGUUGCUUUGCCUACGCCGAGAGUGCCGACUGCACCGAUGCAAGAACGAGGUAUGUCCGUGGGCAUGAGUGAGUAUGGGAGCAUAGACGACUACCAUCGAAGCAUACUCCAUCCUGCGGCGACAGUGGCAGGUCAUAACAUUUUGCAUUCUGGUCCUACGCCUAUGCCGCAUUCCAUGAUACAAGGUGGAACGAUCACGGGCUACGGCGAAAGUCCAUACGGUGUCAACUCGCCCAGUAGCCAGCAAGGUAUGGCUGGGCAGCAUCCAUAUCACAGGAUGGGCGAGUCGCCGCUCUCUGCUGGCUUCUUGGGGCAGUCUCCCAUGGCAGGCUCUCCUGGCUGGUUAUCACUACCUUCCCCAUCUGCUGCUCUGUACCCUCACAUGCAACAGAAUAUCUCGAACCAGACACUUCGAUACCCAGUACUGCGACCCCUCCUACCCCAUAUCUCCGCCAUAAUACCUAUCGGCCUGGCAUGCGAUCUUCUGGACCUUUACUUCUCGAGCGUCUCCUCAGCUUUCAUGCAGCCGUCAUCACCCUAUGUACUGGCUUACGUCUUCCGAAAGCGAUCAUUCUUGCGACCAACGAAUCCGCGGCAAUGCAGUCCAGCGUUGCUCGCCAGCAUGCUGUGGGUGGCAGCGCAGACAAGCGAUUCAGCCUUCUUGACUUCCGCGCCUUCAGCGAGGGGCAAGAUCUGCCAGAAGCUGCUCGAGUUGACGGUGGGCCUGCUGAAACCGCUUAUACACAACCCCACAGAUGCUACGCAACUGUAUGGUGGCAACACGAUCAUCAAUGGCGUAGCACUUGGUGGAUUUGGUGUGGCGUUACCAGGACAGGCGCACGAUAUGGACGGAGGAAAUCCUGGGGCAACGGGCGCUCUCGACGACGUUGCUGCGUACAUGCACCUCGCGACGGUGGUCUCGGCAAGCGAGUACAAGGCAGCAAGCUUGAGAUGGUGGAAUGCCGCAUGGUCACUAGCAAGAGAGCUCAAACUAGGACGAGAGCUGCCACCAAACCCAACACCGACCAAUCCUGAUGGACCUGAAGCGGAGGCAGAAGCGACAGGUGAGGCUGGACAUCACGGACCUUUGGGACAGAGUACCCAGCCUGGCUUCGUGUCAGAAGAGGAGCGAGAAGAACGCAGACGGUUAUGGUGGCUGCUUUAUAUCGUCGACCGACAUCUGGCGCUGUGCUACAAUCGUCCUCUGUUCUUACUGGACGCUGAGUGCGAUGCUUUGAUGCAGCCAGAGAAUGAUGUAGUAUGGCAGGCUGGCGAGUACUAUCCAGGCGACAACCACCCAGAAUCGACGUACUUCAGACGACGAGGACCGAGCUUUGAAUGUACCGGACACGGCAUAUUCAACUACUUCCUGCCACUUAUGACUAUGCUUGGCGAGAUCGUUGAUCUCAACCAUGCUCGAAAUCAUCCUCGCUUUGGACUGCGAUUCAAGAGUAGCUCAGACUGGGACGAUCAAGCCGCCGAAAUCACGAGGCAGCUCGAGGCAUAUGGACGAAGCUUGCAGGAGUUCGAGGCUCGUAACAUCCCCAAGCAAGACCCGAAGCCGCCCACCGAUGGAGAAGGCCACACAGACGUGACAAGUCCGCACUCUGUCGCAACGACAAAUUCGAACCAGCAGCGCAUGACCGAAGCCAUUCUCCAGACUAAGAUUGUCCUGGCCUAUGGUACACAUCUGAUGCAUACUCUGCACAUCCUGGUGAACGGAAAGUGGGAUCCGAUAUCGCUGCUGGACGACAAUGAUCUGUGGAUUUCAUCGCAGAGCUUCAUCUCAGCGACUGGCCAUGCUGUGUCUGCUGCGGAAGCAAUCAACGACAUUCUAGACUACGACCCUGACCUGAGCUUCAUGCCGUUUUUCUUCGGCAUUUACCUGCUUCAAGGAUCCUUCCUCUUACUACUCAUGGCCGACAAACUCCAAGGCGAAGCAAGUCCAAGCGUCGUCAAGGCCUGCGAGACGAUCGUGAGAGCCCACGAGGCAUGCGUGGUGACUCUCAAUACCGAGUAUCAGAGGAAUUUCCGAAAAGUGAUGCGAUCAGCCUUGGCACAAGUCAAAGGCCGCAUGACAGAAGACUUCGGCGAGCAACAACUUCGGAGACGCGAGGUGCUCGCGCUGUACAGAUGGACUGGUGAUGGGACUGGUCUGGCUUUGUGA